CAUUUUAGUGAAUAAUUUCAGACUUGUGACAAGUCCUCUUUGGUUUCCAAAAUUGGAGUCUAUAUAAGCUUGAACUGACGCUCUCUAUCUACCCACCUUUCAAGCACAGAAUAUUACCGAUGGCGGCCACAUUGUCCUCAUUUUCCGAUGAUCUCCACUCACCGAUCAUGUCACCGCCGUCCAAAAAGGCGGGAACGGAAAAGAUCUGCAUCGAUGAGAUGCUUGAGAAAUACUGUGGUGAGUUUGGAAAAUGGCAGCUGAAACACUUCAUUCUCACAUGUCUUGCUUGGGCGUUGGAAGCUUUUCAUACUAUGGUUAUGAUUUUUGCUGAUAGGGAACCUGAUUGGAAGUGUGUUGAAGGUAUGGAGUGUUCCGCCGAUGGAAGUGUCUGCGAUAUGGCGUCGUCGUCGUGGGAGUGGAUCGGAGGGAAAGAUGCUUCUACGGUGACUGAGUGGAGUUUGAUAUGUGGUGACAAGUUUAAAGUUGGACUUGUUCAAGCUGUUUUCUUUACUGGUUGUAUGAUUGGAGCUGGAGUGUUUGGUCACCUUUCAGACUCUUCUCUAGGAAGAAAAGGUUCCCUCAAAGUGGUUUGUUCCCUAAAUGCCAUUUUUGGCUGUUUAACAGCAUUCUCCCCUAACUAUUGGACCUAUGUCUUCCUCCGCCUCCUCACCGGUUUUAGCAAUGGUGGUGUUGGCCUUUGCGCCUUCGUCCUCGCUACUGAACCUAUUGGCCAUUCAAAACGUGGCAUGGCAGGAAUGUCCACUUUCUACUUCUUCUCCGGAGGCAUUGCAAUUCUCUCUGGUAUUGCCUACAUCUUCCAAACAUGGCGUGCACUCUAUAUCGCCGCCUCCAUCCCCUCCCUCCUCUACUAUUGCUUAUUUCAAUGGGAAACACCUUCCAGACGGAGUUGUCCUCUCACUCGAUGAAGAAGUAUCAAAUUCAAACAAAUCAACAAGUGAUCUUGAAUACAACCUAAUUAACUACGUGGAAAAUAAGGAUGCACAAGUUGGAUCCAUUGUAGAUGUGAUUCGUUACUCAGUUACACGUAUUAGGUUAUUUCUAGCGAUAACUAUUAACUUCUUGACCUCAGUUGUGUACUUUGGGAUUAGCUUAAAUGUUACAAAUCUCGAAACCAACCUCUACAUGAGUGUGCUCCUCAAUGCGGUAGCAGAAAUGCCGGCGUUUGCGAUAACGGCGGUGUUGUUGGAUAGGUUUGGGAGGAAGCCAUUGACAAUAGGGACAAUGUGGUUUAGUGGAUUCUUUUGUUUGAUGGGGAGUUUGAUGAGUAAUGUAGGGGUGUGGAAAGUAAUUAAAAUGGUUUGUGGAGUUUUGGGGAUAUUUGGAAUGGCUGGGACUUAUAAUUUGUUGUAUAUUUACACGACGGAGUUAUUUCCUACGGUGGUGAGGAAUGCGGCGCUAGGGAGUACGAUGCAGGCGGCAAGAAUGGGGGCGAUAUCUGUGCCUUUUGUGGUCGUUUUAGGUGGUUGGUUGCCGUUCGGGGUAUUUGCGGCGUGCGGAUUAAUAGGUGGGAUGUUUGCGUUUUAUCUGCCGGAGACACUAAAUAUGCCUCUUUAUGAUACAUUUAAGGGAUUGAUGGCUGGACUUGCAUGAUGCUGCUGCUAUUUGCUAGCUGAAUAUUAAAUUGCAAAUUAUUGGAUUGAAUACAUACAUGCA